UAACAUUUUGUAUCCAACCCUGUUAAAAUGUGAACUUUGAUCAACACAAGACUAAAUUCUCUUAUUUUCGUAAAUUAUUUAACAACAAACCAAAAUAUUAACACUCUCGUAAGACUUCAGUAGAAAUUACAUUUUUGCUUUAUUUAGAAAAACAAAAAUGGCUAUCAAUGCAGCAAAAGCUGUUUUAAAACCAGAAAAAACAGCUCUAUUUAUAUGCGAUGUGCAAGAAAGGUUUUCAAAAGCAAUUUUUCAAUUUGAUAAAAUGGUCUCCAAUUCUUCGAAACUGGUAGAUGCCUUGAAAAUUUUGAAAAUUCCCAUGCUAGUGACAGAACAGAAUCCGAAGGCUCUUGGAAGAAUAGUUCCCCAAUUGGACGUAAAGGGAGCAAAAGGUCCUUUCGCAAAAACACAAUUCAGUAUGUAUACUCCUGAGGUUCGAAAGGAGCUGUCAACACUUUGCAGUGGCAAACCUCCGGAGUCGAUUAUAUUAAUUGGCAUCGAAGCACAUGUUUGCGUUGAAAACACAGCCAUUGAUCUCAAGCAAAAUGGAUUUGAAGUUCAUACCGUCGCUGAUUGUUGCUCAUCACGAACUCUCGAAGACAUGACUCUAGCCUUGGAGAGAAUGAAGCAAUUCGGCUGUCAGAUAACAACAUCAGAGAACGUCAUUUUCAAACUUUUGGCAGACGCAAAACAUUCGGAAUUCAAAAACAUUCAGGCCCUAGUCAAAAAACCGUCAGAUUUCAUUCAUUCAGUACCUAUGUCGAAAAUAUAACUGCAAAAACUAAAAACUGUUUUUGAAAUAAAAUUAUUCUUCUGUAAA